CCCUCCUCAGGUGGCGGCCGGUGGUGUCACAGCAGGUGUGCUCCAGGUACCGCUAAUGAACUUCUUCCACAGAAACACUAAUCAUGAUUAACGAGCCCCGCCAGGAGGCGCCUGAAGACGGAGCCGAGGCGGCCGGGCGAGCGCCGCGGCCCAGGAGCGUCGAACGAUCACAGCGCGGAGGCUCAACGGAGCGGAAAUGUGUCAGCGUCGAUGUGGCCGAUGUCCUCCUGCCUCCCUGGGCAAAACGAGGACGUACGACCGAGGCGCCGCCGUAAAGACUGAAGACGGCGCCGUGGGUCAGCUGGCUGAAAACCGCCGAAACAUGCUCGUUAGUUUAAGGUCCCACGUUGAUGACAUCACUUUCCAAUUCAACAAAGAUGGCGGCGUGGCGAAGCGUGUAAGUCGGCCCCUCCCUUAACGACGUCUUUAUUCGCCUGGAAUUGCUCUCAUUUUUCCGGCGCGGCCAUUCCAUUACAGUCUGUCCCAUUACACUAAUCGGAGCCUCAUUGGCCUCAAACGAACCGCUGCCACCAACACAAAACUCAAAACAUUUCAACCUGCUUUUUGGGGACCAUGAACGCCCCCUACUGGCGACACAUCCCCCCCCCCCCCCGUCCGCACAACCCUCUUUGCAUUCCACUGUUUGUGCCUUUUCUUCUUUGAUGUUUUCAGGAGUGACUUCCAAGUGGUUCUGCAUAAUCCCAUACUGCAGUUAAAAAUGAAAGCCACCUUAGCGCAACGCCUGUCAGACCCCAAGACGGGACAAGCCGAAAGAAGAAGAAGAACGUGUCGCCAAUACCUGACCGGCCGACUUUUGGAUCUUUCUGUUGACGUCAGGAGGAGGACGCGGCACGCGGGACGGCGCCUCUUGGAGGCUGGAGAACCAACCGCGGGAUAAAGACCAACUCCAUGAUGAUGAUGAUGAUGAUGAUGAUGAAGACGAAGAAUAAGAUAGAGAUUCCAAAUGUAAGUCUGCAUUAGAUGUCUUCAUUUUAGCCAGCACUGCAAAGGCUUGAGCGGUCAAAGGAGGCAAGGAGGCAGGAAAGGAUGCAGGCAGGAUGGCAUGUUGGCAUUCAACAUGUGUAUGUUUUCAAGCAAGGGUUAAGGUUUCAAAGUUGGGGUUUUGAGGCCUCCUGGUUAAGGGUUUCAAACAAGGGAUAUGGUUUCACAUUUCGGGUAAGGGUUUCAUGUCAAGGUUUCAAGGCAGGGUUAAGGGGUCAAAGUGUGUACUGGAAUUCUUCGCUGUUGCCAGCUCCUGCGUGGGCCGCCAAGCGUCAGGAGCGGAGCGAAGGAGCCGAGGAGGCAGGAAAGGAAGGACGCGGUGGCGGCGACUUCGUUUGCAUUCAACACGUGUAGCGAGCCAGGCGGGUAGGGGAGGGGCCGAGGCGAGAGAGAGGGCGGUGGAGAGAGGUUGCUAGGCAACGGGGGUACAUACUGAAUGUUAAGCCAAGAAGUGUCGAGGCGGGCGGGCGGGCGAGAAACAGACGCUGAGGCGGCAGCAGCAACAUGUAGCCACGCCGCCGCAGCCGAGUCGAGUCGAGCCGAGCCGAGCAGACCUCAUCUUUGGCUUCUCGGGGUGUGCGGAAAUACGUGUGCGACAUGACGCGUCCGGAUGCCGAGGACGCCGUCCCGCCACGGGGGUGACGAGGAAAAGGAUGUCCGGCGGAGGGAUGACGGAUGGAUGGAGUGAGAGAGCAGCGCCAGGAGGAGGAGAAGAAGAAGAGCCUCACGCACACGACAGCAGCAUCCGACAAGUUCUUGUCCUGAAAUCAUGGCAGGCAAAUCUUCAUUCCGUCUGCUGCUCGGUCUUGCUCGUCUGAUUUCACUGGAGGCGCGUCAUCGACUUUCUGGCUCUGUAUUUACUACCUCAGGGUGUCCUCGCCUCAUCAGGUGAAAGUCGGUGAGCGCCACCCACCCCGAGAACCGGCGCCAGGCCUCACCCGCCAAAGCUGAGCGGCCAGCGCCCACUGGCCCCGCCCGUACCCCAUGGUGGCGCCGAGGCCGGCCUCUCGCCUCUCGCUGCUCUUGGCUGUCCUGGCCUGCACGGGGCCCGCGCAGCCCUCGCCACCCCUGCUGCUGCGGCCCCGGGAGAGAGAGAGGGACUCGGGUGGCGUCAACAUCGCUGUGGUCCACUCUGGAUCCUCCCUGCUCCCGGAGACGGUGGCGGCGGCAGCGGCGGGGGGUGCGGGGGCCGGAGAGUCGGGGCCGGGGCCGCGCCCCGGUCUCGGAAGCGGCCCGGGCAGCGGCGAAAGGGGUGUGAUGGAUACGGCCUCCUUGGCGGGGGUGGCGGGGGCGGCGGCCGCGGCGGCAUUCUCGUCGUCGUUGUCGCCGUCGUCGUCCCUGGCGGCGCUGGUCGGGGAGACGGUGAUGACGCCGUCGGGGCAGGCCAACGUCAUCUACCUGGCGGUGAACGAGAGCAGCCCGGGGAGCCUCCUGCUGCAGCUGUGCGAGCUGCUCGCCACCACGCCGUUGCAGGGUUUGGUGUUUGAGGAGGAGAGGCCGCCGCCCCCCAACCGCGCCCCCCUGGCCCCCAUGCUGGAGUUCAUCUCGGCGCAAACCGGCGUUCCCGUGGUGGCGGUGGGCGGAGGUGCCAGCCUGGGACGAGAGCCGCAGGAGAGCGGCUCCAUCUACCUGCAGUUCACCUGCUCGACGGCGCUGCAGCUGGAGGUGAUCUUCGAGGUCCUAGAGGAGUACGACUGGACGUCCUUCUCGGUGGUCACCACGCGCCACCACGGCUACGAGGACUUCCUGGACAUGGUGGAGGGCAUGACGGACGGCUCCUUCAUCGGCUGGGAGAGGAAAAGCGUGGUCGUCCUCAACAUCACCGACGACCCCGGGGGCACCCGCACCAAACGCGUGCUCAAGGACAACGAGGCGCAGGUGCGUCUGCUGUACUGCUCCCUGGAGGAGGCCGAGCUUGUGUUCCUCGCGGCCUGGGCGUCGGGCCAGGCGGGCCCCAGCCACAUGUGGUUCGUCGUGGGCCCGGCGCUGUCUGGCUUGGGUUUAGAGGGGCUGCCCAAGGCCUUGUUCGCCAUCCGGCCUCAGGGAUGGAGGGACGAGCCACGCAGACGCAUCGCCAAGGGCGUGUCUGUGCUGACCCACGGCGCCAUGGCCCUCCGGCGGGACCAGGGGGCCGGCGGCCGGGCUCAGUACGCCGGAAACUGCCACAGCGACGGCAACCACACGCAGCGAGUGGCCGACAGAAUCCGGUACUUCACCAACAUUUCCAUCGGGGGGCGGGACUACUCGUUUAACAACGACGGCUACCUGUCCAAUCCGCUGCUGGACGUCAUCUCCUACAAUAAUGGGCGGGGCUGGGAGGAGGUGGGCUGGUGGGAGAACGGCCACCUGCGCUUGCGCUACCACCCGUGGUCUCGCUACGGCUCCUUCCUCAAGCCGCUGGACGACGCGCAGCACCUGCGAGUGGUCACGCUGGAGGAGCGCCCGUUCGUCAUCGUGGAGCCCGCCGACCCGGGGACCAGUUCCUGCAUUCGGGACUCGGUGCCCUGCCGCAUGCCCCUCAACUCCAGCUUGGUGGUGGAGGGUGCGUCUCCCAUGAAGCAUUGCUGCAAAGGCUUCUGCAUCGACGUUCUCAAGAGGCUCGCCAAGAUCGUGGGCUUCACCUACGACCUCUACCUGGUCACCAACGGACGCCAUGGGAAGAACAUCAACGGAGAGUGGAACGGCAUGGUGGGCGAGGUGGUAUCCAACAGGGCCGACAUGGCCAUCGGCUCGCUCACCAUCAACGAGGAGCGGUCGGAGGUUGUGGAGUUUUCCGUGCCCUUCGUGGAGACGGGCAUCAGCGUCAUGGUUUCCCGUAGCAACGGCACCGUGUCGCCUUCCGCCUUUCUCGAGCCGUACAGCCCCGCCGUGUGGGUGAUGAUGUUCGUGAUGUGUCUGUCGGUGGUGGCCGUCACCGUCUUCAUCUUCGAGUUCUUCAGUCCGGUCGGUUACAACCGCAGCCUGCAGAGCGCCAAAAAGUCGGGCGGCUCCAAGUUCACGAUCGGCAAGUCGGUUUGGCUUCUGUGGGCGCUGGUCUUCAACAACUCUGUGCCUGUGGAGAACCCCCGAGGAACCACCAGCAAGAUCAUGGUUCUGGUGUGGGCCUUCUUCGCCGUAAUCUUCUUGGCGUCGUACACCGCCAACCUGGCCGCCUUCAUGAUCCAGGAGGAGUACAUCGACACCGUGUCGGGACUCUCCGACAAGAAGUUCCAGCAGCCCACCGAGCAGUACCCACCCCUGCGCUUUGGUACGGUGCCCAACGGCAGCACGGAGGAGAACAUCCGCUCCAACUAUCCCAACAUGCACCAGUACAUGAUCCGCAACAACCAGAAGGGCGUGGAGGAGGCCAUCGACAACCUGAAGACGGGUAAAUUGGACGCGUUCAUCUACGACGCCGCCGUGCUCAACUACAUGGCCAGGAAGGAUGAAGGCUGCAAGGUGAUGACCAUCGGCUCCGGCAAAGUGUUUGCCACCACCGGCUACGGCAUCGCUCUGCACAAGAACUCCCGGUGGAAGCGACCGCUUGACCUGGCGCUUCUGCAGCUGGUGGGAGACGAUGAGAUUGACAUGUUGGAGCGUCUUUGGCUGUCGGGAAUCUGCCACAACGACAAGAUUGAGGUGAUGAGCAGCAAGCUGGACAUCGACAACAUGGCGGGCGUCUUCUACAUGCUGCUGGUGGCCAUGGGCCUCAGCCUGCUGGUGUUCGCCUGGGAGCAUUUGGUCUACUGGAAGCUCCGACACUGCGUCAAGCGCUCCGGCGGCAUGGACUUCCUCUUGGCUCUCAGCAGGGGCAUGUACAGCUGCUGUCAGUUUGAGGAUGAGACGGCGCCAGGAAGCGGUAAGAGUUCUCUGCCGCAGUACCAUACGGUGCCCACCAUGCCCACCGUGGCCCAGCAGCACCUGGUGACCGCCACGGUCAACAACACCACCGCCAUCGCCAUGGUGCAGCAGCAGCUGCCACCCAAGCACGUCCCAAAGCAGCCGCAAGGGCAGACGUACACCACCAUGCUGCCGGGCUCGCCGCCGCCCACGGGGCAUUCGGCCAUGGCGCUGGGACCCUCAAACAGCCCCCUCUUUGAAGGCCCCAUGCCCUGCUCCAGCUUCCUGCCUCGCCAUGACCGCAGACUGGCUGUGGUGGAUCGCUGGAACAGGCCCAAGCCGGAGAAGGUCCUGAGUGGCGGCAGCGGUGCGAGUCUGGGAAUCGGGGGUAUCGCGGGAGGCAUCACUGAACUCCAGGCCCAGCAGCAGUACCAGCAGAACCUGGGACAACACUGGAAACUGCAAGGAGCAGGUGACCAAGGGCUGGAUGAGUACAAGCGGUACUAUGGUCCUAUAGAUCCGGAGGGGCUCGGAGCUAACUCAGACCAACACGUUGGAGGCAGCCAACAGACACCCAAAGCUAAUCCCAGAGGUCCCAAAGCUACUGGAAUGUUGAGGCCCCCUCCCAAAGGCCCCGGACCCUUAAUCAGUAAGCCACCGCCUCCCAUGCUGUCCUCGCCCCGAAGGCCUCCCUUCUGGCGGCGUGGAAGUCUUGCCCAGGCGAGGAGGAAGAGUUCAGGGGGUCCUCUGUACGAGAACAUCCUCCCUCUGGGGAGAAGAGGAGGCGGCAGGUACGGAGGAAGUGAUCUCAUGGGAAGGAGGGGGCGGCGUCCUCCCCCACCUCCUCCUCUGCCAGUCCCCCUUUCUUCCCCAACGCAUACUCCGACCACUCCCUCAUCUCCAUGCCGCUUCUACUCCACCUGCUCCAGCGCCUCAUCAUCGUCCUCUUCGUCCACGUCUUCCUCCUCCUCCUCCUCCUCAUCGUCCGUCUCUGUCUCCCGCUCCAAUUCUCCUUCUUCCUGCUCCAGUGACAGCUCCUACAACUCCUCCUUAAGCUUCCGCUAUCGUGCGGGUGACCGGGAAUUUACAGUGGAGGAUGACUACGACUCAGAUCUGCUUACGGAAGAGUCCAGUCUUCUCCUGGGCUCCCGCCGGAAGGUUCGCUCGCGUCGCAUGUCGUCGCGCUCGCUGCCAUGUAGCCCGCCGCCACCGCCUAUCCCGCCGCGCAAGCCACGUCCACAGAGAGACUACGGGCGAGAGCGGAGAAGCAGUCAGCUGGCACAGUUGCAAGAGUGGUGGGCAUCGUGGGGCGACAGGGAAAGGGGAAGGUCAGGGACAACCAACCCAGGAGAUGUGGGUGGACUGAGAGAAGACAAAAGGCAGCGCAAAGAGAGGGAACGCGAGAACAAGAGGAGGAAGAAGGGGAGAAAGAAGAAGAAGAGGGAGGAAAGGGAGAGAGAAAGGGAGCGAAAACGGCGUAAAGCAAAGAAGAAGAAAAAGAAAGACGAAAAGGUGAGGAAGAAGGAGAGAAAGAAGUCGGAGCAGGAGGGAAGAGACCCUGAGAAGCGAGAGGAGGCCAAACCAGGAACGCCGGACUACCCGUCGUACCUUCACCUGAGGAGGGAAUCCUUCCGCAAAAAGAAUGAGAGCUCCAUUAGGAGCUACGGAUGGAACAUCCCAGCUGAGGACGACAGGAAGAAUAGAGAAGAAAAAGAGCGAGAGGAUGGCGAUGACGGCCGAGGGAAAGAAAGGCAGCACAGACGCAGGAACAGCAAACACUAUCAGUCCGCCAGCAAUAAGCCGUCCACAUCUGUCAAGUUCUGGGCAGGGAACCUCUCGUCUGACACCAUCCCAUCGGCCUUCCUACCACUGUUGCCCGUCGCUUCUAAGAGGAGGAAGAGCAAAAGCUCAGACAGGGAUGUUGUCGGAAUAGAAGGAGAGAGGAAACCACUGCUGGGCCGGAACGGGAGAGGUGAGAUGCCCUCCAAGGAAGGUUUACCUUUCCACGAGUGGGAAUCAGACUUGGAGGAAGAUGAAGAGUCUGAGCAAGAGCAAAGGAAAGGCGAGCAUGCGAAGAGGCAAGGCAGGACAUUUUCUGAUGAGGACGGAGACCGGGACAAGGUCGUCGGGAUAUAUUCGGAUGAUGAAGGCUCUUCGGGGGAGUUUGGCAAGUUCGAGAGGUACUGGGACGAUCGUGACGGCAGAGCGGUGGGUGGGAUUGGAGGAGGGGGCUGGUUUUUUAGUACGUACCCCUCCAGGGACAAAGCAGGUAGCAUCAACAGCAGAGAUGACUUGUUCCUGGAACGAGGGGAGCGGUGGGGGACCGGAGAAAGUGGUUGGGGUUGGGGGUCGGGGUCGCACUGGCCACCGUCUCCACUCACACCACCCCCGCCGCGACGUUACUGGUCAGUGGACAAACUUCACAUGCAGGAUGAGAAGAAGACAAAGCAGAGGUCCAAGGACAAAGUGAGAGGACACACGGCUUGUUCAUCCUGCCACUCCCCUCGACACCAUCCACAUUCCCAUUCCUCCAAGUGGGCUCCCAUCACCUCACGCAGCCAAGAAGAGCUUUACCGCCAUUGCCAGAGUUUCGGCAGCACCCCGAAGCCCAAACACGACUCCUCCUCGUCCUCCAAGCCGGAUCGCUCGCAGAACCCCUCCAAAUCCGGAAGCCAGUCAAACCUGAGCAUCCAGCAACGAACACAGAGAGCAGACAGAGGGAGACUUCCUUCCCCGCCUUCCACCCUCAUUCCCAACUUGCCAGCCCCCCUUCCCGCCCUUCCAGCUCCACCCUCCUCGGCUCACCCCAUCCACGCUCCUCCGCUGACAUCCUCCUCCUCGCUGUCCUCCCCCUCCGUGGUGUCGUCCACCCCGGGCGCCCUCCAGCCUUCCUCCGUGGCUUCGGCAAGUGCCAAACUGCAGUACCAGAGGCUGCGCUCGGUUCCUCCACCCCAGAGGUUUCCUCAGUCUCCUCAUGUGCCCCUCAAAGCCAAGGCCCUCUGCUCUCGGAGGGGCUCGACCCAUUUCUCUAGCGUGGAGAGUGAGGUCUGAUGCUUGAG